AUGAAGCUGUUGUAUGUGAUGAGUGCACUUUUUGCCAGUAGUGUUGUGAUUUGGGCAGCCAGUGGAGAGGAAUCGAUCCUCCAGCAGCAAUACCAACAACAACAGAAUCAUCAGAGACCUCAGCAACAUCAUCACAAUCAAGGAUUUAAAUUGGUAUCCUUCGAUGCGGUUAACAAAGAUAUAGCCCUGGGCUUGGAUUAUCUAGUGCCGUUUCUUGAGGUGCCCAUCAAACGCAAACGCAAUGCUCCUCCCAGGCCUUUACUUGUCAUUAACUCUGCUGCCUUGGUAAGCUGUGGUUUGGUUGCUGCCGGUGGUCUUUUGGUGGGUCAUCUAAUCCGAAGCAUGGGUUUGGAGUCCAUUGUACCAGAUAAACCACCACAACAUAUGAACAAUAUGAAUGGAAAUACUACUAGACCACAGUCUGCUGAGGAAAUGUUGUCAACAACAGAGGCGGAGGUGAAUGUCACAUCUCGUGGCUCUUUUGACCAAGAACAAAACUUUUUCAAACUCUUCGAUCAAGUUAAAUUGGUUUAUCGCAAUAACACUGGCAAAAGAAUGGAACUCAGUUUGCCGAGUGCUUUGAAUACAGUGGAGCAGACUCUAGCCGAAAAUGAUGUAAACCUUUUCGUCUGUAUGCUCAAGGCUAUUUGCUCGUUGACCUACAAGGCUGGGAGUCAGGUGCGCAAGGGAUUGGCUACAGAUGUGGAGCAUGUUCUGGAUGGAGCCACCAAUUGGUCGUGGUUGUUAGCCUGGUUGGAGCAAUCACCCACACGUGAAGCGAUACAGGCAGGCAAAGUCCCCAAACAGCAACACUGUCAGGAUAAAUAUCCUCGUUGCAAAUGGAAUGCUCCAGAAGAGCAGAUCCUGCAACUUGUGCAAAAUAAUGUGCAGUUCAAUUAAAAACUUUUCAAAAAUAAU